AACCUUAUUUCCUAAUGUAAACAAAAGUCAGCUGUUGCUUUGCGUAUUUUGUUUUCGUUUAUUUUACCGGCUCCCGUAUAAGUUGUCCUCCGUUCGUAUUUGUUUAUUAAAUUUUCCUGUGCUUAAAGCUGAAUAGAAAAAGACAAUAUUAAAUCUGUAUUUAAAUCGUGCUCAAUUUAUCCAAUAUAGAGUGCAUUAGUCACUCACUCCCAGAGUGUUUUUCUGCUAAUAAAGUGCUUCCCUGCGACUAAAUUUGAUAAGGAUUAGAUAACAUGUUACGUUAUUCUAAGAAUCUAUCAGUGGCUCUCAACAAUAAAAUGUUUCUGACGCGGAGAUAUGGUGAUCUAACUAAACGAGGCCCGCUGAUUGACAUCCAACCGGCCGUUCGCGAGGCGCUCCAAAUGGCACCCCAGACCGUGGUUGCACUCGAGUCCACCAUUGUGACCCACGGUAUGCCCUAUCCGCACAAUCUCGAGACGGCCCUCGAAGUGGAGCAGAUUGUUCGCCAGAAGGGUGCAGUUCCGGCUACGAUUGCCAUUGUGGAGGGUCGCAUUCAAGUCGGGCUAAGUGGCGAUCAGUUGGCUCGUUUGGCAAAAGCCGAUUAUCGACAGACAAUUAAAACUUCCCGCCGUGAUUUGGCUUAUGUGUUGAGCAAGGGAUUAAGUGGGGGAACCACGGUUGCGGGUACGCUUCUUGUGACGGAUAUGGUUGGCAUUCGGGUCUUCGCUACCGGUGGUAUUGGUGGCGUGCACCGAGGGGGCGAACACACGAUGGACGUUUCGGCGGAUUUGGUAGAGCUGGGACGAACGCCGGUAGCGGUGGUUUCAAGUGGCGUGAAAUCGAUUUUAGACAUUCCAAGGACGUUGGAGUAUUUGGAAACCCAAGGUGUUUGUGUUGCAUCAUACAAAUGUCCCGAUUUGGAUUUUCCGGCGUUUUACACCCGUUCCAGUGGUUCGAAGGCACCAUACAACUUGGACAGUGCUUCCGAAGCUGCCAGAAUGAUAAGCGUAAACAGUGCCCUCGGGCUUCGGUCCGGUUUUCUGAUAGGAGUUCCCCUUCCGGAAGAAUUUUCCCUGGACCGGAAGGAAAUGGAUGAAGUCAUAGCGCAGUCUUUGGCUGAGGCUGAUCGUCUCGGUAUCAAGGGUAAGGAAGUAACCCCCUUCAUCCUUGCCGCCGUUUCGAGUAUCACCACAGGACGAAGUCUGGAAUCUAAUAUGGCACUGAUCAAAAACAAUGCGCGAGUCGCGUCGGAAAUUGCCGUCGAGUUGUAUCGCAUCGAAAAUCGUAAAUGUGGUGUGGGAAUAAGUGAAACUAGUGAAACGGAAGCUACGAAUGUGAGCAGUCAGCGACCAGCGCCGGUCGUCAUUGGGGGUUCUAUCGUCGACACCUGCAUAACGGUGCUAGAUGGCGAUUUAAAGCUUGAUGGCGCCACUUACCAUGCAACAAUUGAUAUUUCCGGUGGCGGCGUAGGUCGCAACAUUGCUGAAGGAAUUUGGAAAAUUUAUGGAAAUGUCCAUCUGAUUUCAGCCGUUGGCAAUGACCAAAACGGCGAAUACUUAAAGCGGCUGCUGCCAAACCACUGCGGAUCAUCGAUUGUCACCACUGGCAGCCACCCAACAGCCAACUGUUCCGUACUACUGGACAAUCAAGGGGAAUGCAAGCUGGUCGUAGGCGAUAUGUCCAUCCACAAUGCCAUUUCAGUCGACUGGAUCAAUUCCCACUCAAAGUUGAUUCAGGGGACGCCGCUGGUGAUUAUCGAUUCCAAUAUCAGCGCAAGUGCGAUGAAAGCAAUUUUCCAGCUGUGCAGACAAUACGGAAAACCGGUAUUUUUCGAACCAACGGAUAUGCGGGCUGCUUCGAAGCCGUUCAGUGGCUCGGUCAGAGACGAUGCCAUCCAGGUUAUUCGUUUCGUUACCCCGAAUCUGUACGAAUUGCGCGAUAUCGCCAAAAGCUUGGGAUACAAAAACACGAUCCCUGAAACUUUUGUCGAGAACUUCGAAAACAUGCACGCAUUGCUAGCGGAAGUGCGUAGUCUCGCCUUGUUUGUCAACCAAUUCGUGGAUAACGUGAUUGUUACGCUGGGGAGCUAUGGUGUGGCAAUCGUUCGCAAAACCACUGAGGACGUUCCAUUUUUCGACAAGCAAUCAAACUACUAUAGGCACACACCGAAGGAUGAUAGCGAACCCUCCGCGGUCCGCUUCUAUCACGCCCGGAAACUGGCCCAAAUUGUUAACGUAUCCGGUGCGGGCGAUAGUUUCACCAGUGGGUUCGUUGCCGCCAUGCUGGAUGGCCAUCCGGAAUCGGUUUGCGUCAACGUUGGCUUCGAGGCUGCCUGCUGUGCCCUCGGUGCCAAGGGAGCCGUCGCGGAACACUACUUCGAUCGAGGGCACUUCUGCUGGCAGCCGAUAAGUGGACCCCGUUGCAUCACGCUAGGGGAAUUGUAAGUAGGAGUGUAUUUCGAUUGUCGCAUUUGAAUGCAUUUUUAAAACUAUCACAAGAGCAAAACAAUAGAGCCAGCCAUUUUUGCUGUCUAGCAUUUUAAUAUAUUUACAACUUCUUACAACGAUAAAAGUGAUAA